UUCUUUUUUUUUAAAGCCAGUUUUGUUGCUAGGAAACAAAUGAUGCGCAAGGUUGUUUCCGUUGACAACUUAGCCGUCUGUCACACGCGUCGAUAAAUAAUGUCCUGCUCAGUUUUAAUGGAUAACAGCGCCAAGCCGAGGUCCAUGAGCCGAGCAAAGCAGUGGACAGAAGAGAUCGAGAACCUGUUCAGAUUUCAGCAAGCUGGAUACAGAGAUGAGCUGGAGUACCGACAAGUCAAACAAGUCCAGAUUGACCGUUGGCCGGACACUGGGUUUGUGAAGAAGCUUCAGCGUCGAGAUAACACAUUUUACUACUACAACAGAAAGCGGGAGUGUGAAGAUCGAGAGGUCCAUAAAGUGAAGGUGUAUGUGUACUGACAGCUCCUCGACCCCACCAGCACUUAUGCCAUUUUAAUGCAUGAUCAGAGUUGUCCUACUGUACUCUUAAUGUAAGUCUUUGUACAAUUUUGGAAUAAAACAAAUGAUUUAAAUAAAAAACAAAUUUCACAUGAUUGUACCGUUUGGUGUU